CCGUCGGGAAGGGACGCCGAGGCAGGAUGCGGAGGGGCCGGCGGAGACCCCCGCAAGAGCGAGGCCUUGCAGUGCACUCUGCAGAAUGCCCACAUGCAGAGAGCUAUGGAACCAGGAAUCAUCUUUAAGGGAUUGUUUAAAAAGGUGUGACGUGGGCUCCCCCUUGUGGAAAGCAAUUGGAACAGAACUUUCCUCAUCUGAAAACUCAAAGCUGAGCCAUGGCUGUGGUCAACACACCCCACAGUGACGUCUUUUUGUACUCAGAGUAUGAGAGAAUGGACCCUGUGAUACUCCUUCACUACAAUUAUACGGGCAAGCUUGAACGAGGAAAAGGGAUGGGGUUGACAACCAUCGCUCUUCUUAUCAUCUGUAGUUUCAUCAUCUUGGAGAAUCUGAUGGUGCUGAUUGCCAUCUGGAAGAACCAUAAAUUUCAUAACCGCAUGUACUUUUUCAUCGGCAACCUUGCCCUCUGUGAUCUGCUGGCUGGGAUAGUUUACAAAGUAAACAUCUUGAUGUCAGGAAACAAAACACAGACACUAUCUUUCCGGAUCUGGUUUGUUCGGGAGGGCAGCAUGUUUGUAGCUCUGGGAGCUUCCACAUUCAGCUUAUUAGCGAUUGCUAUUGAGAGGCAUUUGACAAUGAUCAAAAUGAGACCGUACGAUGCCAAUAAAAAGUACAGGGUCUUCUUGCUUAUUGGAACAUGCUGGCUUAUCUCAGUUUCUCUGGGAGCUUUACCAAUCCUCGGAUGGAAUUGUAUUGGUACUUUAGAAGACUGUUCCACUAUUUUGCCCCUCUAUUCCAAGUACUAUGUAGCCUUUUGCAUCAUCAUCUUCAUGGCCAUACUAGUGGCCAUUGUAAUCCUCUAUGCCCGCAUUUACAUCUUGGUGAAGUCUAGCAGCCGUAACGUCACAAAUCAUAGCAACUCUGAGAGGUCCAUGGCGUUGCUAAGGACGGUGGUGAUUGUCGUCGGAGUUUUCAUUCUAUGUUGGUCACCGUUGUUCAUUCUGCUGUUGAUCGAUGUGGCCUGCAGAGUGAAAGAGUGCCCCAUAUUAUACCAGGAAGAUGGGUUCAUUGCAUUGGCAGUCCUCAAUUCAGCCAUGAACCCCAUCAUUUACACUCUGGCAAGCAAAGAAAUGCGUCGGGCUUUCUUCCGCCUUGUUUGUAGCUGCCUGGUGAAGGCCAACGCCACAAUGUCUUUGCCAAUUCAGCCCACCCCAGACCAGAGUCGAAGCAAAUCCAGCAGCAGCAAUGCACAGAAACCAAAGGACGAGCACCCGCAGACUAAAGGUUCAUCAUGCAUGGUGGAAAAAGAUGAAUCUUCUUUUCAAAAUGGAAACUUCUGCAAAUGAAGUUAGCUCACCUGAG